CACCGCCACUUGCCGCAUCCGCAAGAUCUCUCUGGUGCAGCUCGGGUGCAGGUCUCUGCGGGAGCCACCCUAGACCUCUGCAGCUUCCCCGGUAUCAUGGCUGACUCGGAAAACCAGGGGCCCGCGGAGCCAAGCCAGGCGGCGGCAGCGGCAGCGGCGGCGGAGGCGGCCGCGGCGGCGGAGGAGGUAAUGGCGGAAGGCGGUGCGCAGGGGGGAGACUCCGACAGCGCGGCUGGUGACUCUGACAGCGCGGCGGGUCAGACGGUGGAGGAGCCCCAGACCCCCGCGGAGAAUGCACCAAAGCCUAAAAAUGACUUUAUCGAGAGCCUGCCUAAUUCGGUGAAAUGCCGAGUCCUGGCCCUCAAAAAGCUGCAGAAGCGAUGCGAUAAGAUAGAAGCCAAAUUUGAUAAGGAAUUUCAGGCUCUGGAAAAAAAGUAUAACGACAUCUAUAAGCCCCUACUUGCCAAGAUCCAGGAGCUCACCGGUGAGAUGGAGGGGUGUGCAUGGACCUUGGAGGGGGAGGAGGAGGACGACGACGAGGAAGAGUACGAGGAUGAGGAGGAGGGGGAAGAGGAGGAGGAGGAGGAGGAGGAAGCUGCGGCAGAGGCUGCUGCGGAGGCGGCGGCGGCCAAAGAUGAGGGUCCCCACUCUGCAGUGCCUGAUGACGCCAAGAAAUAAGCGGGGGCAGAGAUUGAGGAGGAGAAUGACGGAAACAAAAUCACUAUUUUUUUUUCCAAUAUUGGUGGACUUAAUAAGGCUCAGGUUUGGGACCAAAAUACAAUGUAAAUCAAUUCUGGUGUUCCUACCUAAAAUUAUAGUAAAUUGAAGCAAUCAGAUCCUGGCCAGCCUGUUUCAAAUUUUUCAUUUUGAACACAAUAAAUAUAUCAAAAGGUGUUGAAGAAAACAAGUUAUAUUAAAAAUGAUUUUUUUUCAUGAUCUCUUCUGCACAGACUGCAAUUGAGACUUAUUAAGGGUGUCAAGUAGAUGUGAAGUAAAGAAUGUCACUUUGAAACCUAUUCAUUCCACUGUCAUCACACUACACACACAACACCCAGACCAAGACUGAACAUGUUCUCAACGCUUAACUCUUCAGUUUCUCUAGUCCGGACAUUUUCCAGUGCAGAAAAAACAGAACCCAGAAGAAUCUCAUCUUUAAGACUUUGCUUGUAACCCAUCAGCUUUACACUUUGGAGAACAGUGAUGGAAUCCUGGAAGCCUGUGAUGGAGAUCAUGACAGUACUGUUUAAUGAGGCCUGGAAAACUGCCACUUCAAAUUCUAAAGAAUGUUCUGAAUAUUUGAGUUUAGACAAGCAACAUGGUUCUGAGAAGGAGGGUGUAUAACCUGUAUAAUACUGUCAACAUAUGUGUUCAUUAUUUACAGUCUCAUGUUUAUGUGUUUUCUUGGUAGUGUCUAUUUACAAAGGUGUAAAAACAAACAAAAAACCACAAAUGUUUAAGUAUUAAAUCCCUUUACCUAGCAUUCUAGAAAUAUUAAUUUACUUGAAAAGAUGUAGAAUGUAGCAAAUCCUGUAAAGCAUGUAUUCAGUGUUACGUAGUUUGAUCCUUGUGAAGUCGUCUUUGUCAUGUAGCUUUUAGAAUGUAGCUGUGAAAAUUAUCAGAACUCUUCAAUGAAGCUAAUGUUUGGAAAAA